AUGGGACUGGUGUUCAACCUCGUCAGUCUGCCCGGCGCCGAGGCAUGUCUUGAAACGGUUGCGCGACUGGGCAACCCCCGGGAAGUGAUCCUCAAGGUGCUCGAGACGCUCGAGCUGUUGGAGAGCGAAGAAAUAGAAGAUGAGGAGGCCGGAGAGGAACAAAGGAAACCUAAACCGACUGUCUCACCAACCGACAAGUUCAUCACCCUCCUCGGCAUGCUCGCCAUUCUGCACAAGCGCAUCCAGACCAAGUACCCCAGCCGCUUCCUCGCACAGACGCUGCUGACUGUCUACCGCACCUACCGCCCGAACCAAGAGAUGACGGCGUCCGUCCUCAACCUAGUUCACAGCCUGUCCGGCCAACGGCGGCCCCCGCUGCCGAGCCGAAAGUCCAGCGUAAACGUGGCCAACCCGGACCAGACUGGCGACGCUUCCAAGAACGCCCCCGACCCGGAGGCCGACCGCGACGACCGCGAGGAUCCGGACGAGACCGAGCUGCAGCAGAAGUUGUUGUUGAGCUUCGCGACGUGCAUCUUGGAGGCGUACGCCAACGGGAAUGAGAUGGCGUGGGCGGCGCGCCUGCUAGAGUUCUACAACCCGGAGAAGAUAGUGCCUGGGCGGCGGACGUUGAUGGCUGCCUUUAGGGAAGAGCAGGAGCUGCUGUCGAGGGAUUCUAUUGUCGGGAAGUUGGUGGCACUCAUAGGUGACCUCGGCCUUGACUCAUGCUCCAAGGCCUUCAUCCACCAGGUCUGCGACGGCCCGAUGCACAGCGAGCCCCUCGAAGAACCAGACCUCUCCAGCCCGGACAAGAUUGCCCUCUCAACUGGCGGCUGCGUUUGCCUAGUGGCCUACUGGGCCUUUUCGUCGACCGUCUUCGACGCCACCCACCCGCGGCCCGAAAUGCACGUCUUCCCCGAGCACUUUGCCGUGCUCGACAAGUUCCUCCAAGACGACGCGCACUCACAGAUUCAAAACUCGGUUGGCACCAUCGAGGCCCUCAUCACGAUCGGCCUCUGGCUCGAGUCCAACAACCUCGUCUCCACGAACCCGUCCUCCCCGCUCGCCAACCCGACCGCCUCACCAGAAGACCCAACCUCGGACUUCAUGCGCUACAUCCACCUCACCACGCUCAUCGCGCUCUACCACCCCUCCAUCCAGGUCCGCAACGCAGCGAGCGUGCUGGCCGGCCUGGUGCUGCACGCCAACCCCGAAGACGACGACCGCCUCAAGAUCCUAGAGGACCUGCUCGAGAACUGCAUGUUCGCGACGCUCAAGGCGCGCGCCGUCGCCUGGCUGCGCGAGGAACUGCUGGAAGCGGCGAAACAGCAACAGCAACAACAAAAACAGAAAGAGGAGACCCCCCAAAAACAACAGCCAACCAACCUAUUCGCCACCCCACAAGCCCUCGAAACAGUCCAAUACGUCGUCUUCCCCCCGCUCGCCUCCCUCCUCGACCUGCCCACCCUCGGGCUCGUCGAGUACCUGACCGCCAACGCGCCCUUCCUCAUGCAGGCCGUCAACUUUGCCCUGUUCUUAUGGGACGGGGAGGAGCAAGAACAAUGCCAUUCAAGGUUGCCUUUGGGUUCCAAUCGCCAGGCACGCCAAGCCAAAGAAAGAGCCCAGGCCCGUGUUUAA